GCCGACGGUAGGCAGUUUUAAUUCAUUAAAUUCGGUUCCAGAUGAGGUUCAGCUAAAUCUGAAGACUAAUUAUACGAGUUCAAAUUGCAUUUUUGAAUGCAAGCUGAAUUGGGCAUGGGAGAGAUUGAACUGCACUCCAUGGUACUAUCCACCAAUUGAAGAUAGUGCAAAAUUCUGUGACCCAUGGGAUACCUUGAUGUUUAUGACUGAACUGGAUCAGGUUCCCAAUAGUAGAUGUUCACAUUGUCUCCCAGAUUGUGAAUACACAAGCUACAAAGUAUCUCUCUCCUCAGCACCAUUCAGAGGUUGUUCUGUUCUGAACGAGGAGACUAGCAUGUUCUGCAGAUAUUCUACAUCCUUGACCCCAUCAUUAUGGGCCGAUAAAAUAAUCCCAUUGUAUCAGUUUGUGGCACCACUUCCAGAUUACAUAAAAAAGCUGAGCGAGGCCCACAAUAAGGUUUUGAGGAAAACUAUUUACGGACUUGAAUACAAUGCCUAUGAGAAAGAUAUUGCAAUACUAAAUAUUUACUGGGAAUCCGACCAUGCACUGCAGUGUAAUAAGCGUGGUUGA